ACGGUUUCGCGGCUGCUGAUAGGUCGCGAAGGAGGAAGAUGCGACUGCAAUGGAGAAUGGACCGAGGACCUGUUUAAGCGUUCUACGGAUGUGAUAGAUAUUGUGAAAUAAUUUCCACGCAUUGAUUCGUCUCGGACAAAGUCGUCGGAGUGUUGCCUACAGCACGCGGGACUGCUUCGGGUUAUUUUUUUUAGCUUAGUUCAGCGUUUUUGGUCGGAUGGUUUGAUGGGAUGGCGGCCCUUCGCGCUGCUUUGAGCGUCAAGUCACUCCCUAGAAGUGUUAGCUUGUGCGGAUAGAGCGAUCGAGUGAAGGUGCUGGCGUGUGAACGAUGCACAAGCGAUGUCUGAUGUUGAGGCCACGUAUGCAGACUUCAUCGCCUCCGGCAGGACAGGGCGCAGGAACGCCAUGCACGACAUCCUGCAGAGUCCCACCGACUCAGAUGGACGAGGACUGCCCCUCACCCUGUCUCUGUCCCACCUGCACAUCAACACGGGAGGGGGAGAUGGAGACGACACCGAGGACGGCCAGGGCGCUUCCUCCUCGUCCCACAGGGAGAUGGGGCAGAGGAACAGCUAACCAGCCACACACUCCUGCCAGUGGACAGCAAGCUGUGGGACGGAUUCAGGCCACCAUUGCGAUGGAAGUCCGAAGCGGGCUGUUAGCCGCAGGGUACCACCACCGCUGCUGAUGUGCCAUCAAGGAGGGCGCUGACCCUCCCCUCCUCCCCCUUAGUCCACUGUAGAGGCGUUGUGAUAACUCAGUGCUGCCCCGUCCCCUGUGACUCUGCUGUGCACUACAAUACAUAGACAAUACAUGGCAGGGGGGUGUUUCCGAGUGGGAGAACGCAAGAGAUUACAAACGCGUAGAUGAUGGGACUGAAAAAGAAGACAUAAAUAUCCCCCAUGUGUGAGUAUUGUAGUCGUGGCAGCAAUUUGUGAGAGCACUGAGACGUGCUGAUGCAUCGUGGCACAGUGGGAGUAGCAUGUUCGUAGUGCAGCGGUUAGAGAUUACGUUGCCGGUUAAUGGCUUGUUCUUCCUUUAAAUUGACAACACUGUAGAGUGAAUAGUACUCCUUGGCUGUAGUGAAGCUGGAAAACACAGAAGACAAAAAUCACUGGUCGCUUUGCGUGUUUGCUUUUACUGCUGUGACUGAUAGGGAAAAUUGACUGUUGGCCGACAAUACAUAAUAACACAUUUACAGUGCAUACAGUAUGGAUGGCGUUUGUCAAUGGCCCAGUGACAGAAUGAAACAUGAUGAUGGUGCACUCUUUUCAACUGUUGAUACCUGUUUUAAAAAAAAACCUUUUCUAAAGAUGCCUAUUGGCAUUUUGUGCAGCCAGCUUAAGGGACCAAUACCAAUCUCAUGUCUGUAUGCUUGAAAAUGUUCCAUUAACAUGGUUAUCUUAGCUUGGGAAAAACUUAAAGACGGGUAAACAGCUAGCAGGCCGAUAAGUAACAGAAUUCCCCUAACACCCCCUCUAAAGCUCGCUGAUAAACAUCUUAUGUCCUCUUUCCAUAACUCAUAGAAAAAGAGUUUAAUACUUUCUGUGCUUUUCACACUACAGAUUUUUUGUACAGGAGCUUUAAAUAGUGAGCUUCAGAGGUGCUGCUGGAAGUAUUUUGUUGCCUUUGAACUAAGCCAGGCCAACUGUUCCUCUUGUUUCCAGUCUUUAUGCUAAGCUAAGCUAUGCUAAGCACUGUAUAGGUGUGGCAUCAAAGCGCUUGUUUGAUUCCUCCUGACUUUUAAAUUAAAUUAAACUAUGUUUUAAGCCGAGUGUGUUCCGCGGAUUCUCUGUUUAUGUUCAUUCAACUGUGUUGUUUUUCUUUUUUUAGAGAAACAAGUGUUGAUUUGUGACCCUAAUAUGGAUUUGCUAAUCAAGCUGGUCCGCUAAAGCUAAACUAGAAAAGCAACUCUCUCCAGCAUUUUUUUUUAUCCCACACACAUCAGAGUGGUAUAAUUCUUCUCUCACUUCUGACAGUAGGGGGAUCCAUUUCCCAAAAUGUCUAACUUUUCCUUAAAUGUAGAUAUGCAAUACUCAGUAGAGCUUCCGGUAAUGUUUGUGUGAAGGAUUUUUUCAACUACAUUGCUGCUUCUUUGUGUAGUAAUGGAUUAAUCUUAUAAUCUGACCGUCAUGCAUGCAUCAAAACUGUCUUUUCUUACUUUCUCACCUGUUGUACCAACUGAAAUCCUUCUAUAAUACUGCAGCUCAUGCAGAUGGUAAUUGGGAAAACAUCCAUUUUUACUUUGCUCUUUCAUUCAGGUUUUUCCAGUUGUAAACUGCCAUGUGAACGUGUAGUGACUCCCACCGCUUCAACAUUACGGCAUAACUCAACCAUUCAUAAUUCAUGCAGAAAGCAUUAAGCAUGCAGAAAUAUAGCACAUGCACGAUUCUACAUGUUUAGUUGUUUUCUCUGUCUAUUACCGUGUUUUCUACUCUGUGUCUAAAUAAAAAUAAUGAACCGA